AUGGCUGCGUCCGGCAUUCUCGAUGCCAUCUCGGCAGUGACAACCGUCACUCUUAGAUUCACCGCAGUCCUCUUUACGAGAUUCCACCCUCUUGGACGGGUAUAUCUCAACAGGGUCUACGGCAACGCGGGAGCAUACUUUCUCUGCAUCCUCGCCAAACUCUUCUUCGCCAAACUCUUCUUCGCCAAGUCCCAAUCGACCUCAAAACGUCGUCAUACAGGCUUGUUGCUGCUGUUCGGCUGGAUUGACUCCAGACAGCCCUUCGCCAGUCUCAUCACAGUUCUACUCAAUGUGCUUUCUUUGGGAGCGGUUUGGGACUUCCUCUAUCGCGCUCACUUUCUGCACCAGAGCCAUGAGUUGUCAUUCUCACGCGUGGGCUAUGUUGACGAGACUUCGGCUCGGAUUGUUGCUCGCGCUCCACUUGCACCCGUCACGUUUGUCGAAAUAACGUUGACGACGCCGGAAGAAGACGUAAAGCAAAUCAAGUCCCAGGUCAUCUCUGUCGCCGAGUCGACUGACUUCACGGGCACUUUCGUGCUGGAAGACCUCAAACCGGACACAAUUUACACCUUCACGACAAAUGCCAGCCAUGAAGGCUCCUUCAAAACAGCGGCUCGGCAUCCGAAGCGCUGGAGUCUGGUGUCGACAAGUUGCAUCAAGCCCUUCUACCCGUACAGCCCCAUGGAUCACGGGCUGAGGAUCCGGGGACUGGAGUAUCUAGACCAAUAUCUCUCGGCCAAGCCCGUGGACAUGAUGCUCUUCCUCGGCGACUUCAUCUACAUCGACUUGCCCAUCGCACUGGGCUGGACCCCUGAGCACUACGUCAGCGCAUAUCGCCAGGUCUAUGCUUCGCCAAGCUGGACACCGGCAUUGCGCUCCUUGCCGUGGCUCCAUCUCUACGAUGAUCAUGAAAUCAUCAACGACUGGGCUGCCAACGAGACAGGGCUCUAUCAGGCUGCAAUGCAACCUUUCUGGGGGUAUCAGGGGCACGCCAAUCCCCCUUCCCAGUACGGCCGGGGCAAGACGCACUACGUCUUUCGCCGAGGGGACAUCUCCUUUUUCGUCCUGGAUACCCGGCGAUACCGAUCAGCGGAGAACAUGAAAGACGGGCCCGGAAAGACGAUGCUUGGGGCGGCUCAGCUCGCCGACCUCAGAUCAUGGCUGACUCACGAGAAGGCGUGGAAGGUCGUCGUGAGCAGCGUGCCCUUCACCCGAAAUUGGAGGGGACCCGACUCGGCCGACAGCUGGUCUGGAUAUCUCUGGGAGAGGGAGCAAGUCUUAGACAUAAUGAGAGACACGGACGGAGUGGUUAUCUUGAGUGGGGACCGCCACGAGCACGCGACGACCAUUUUCCCACCUGGCGACAAGGGUGGGAAGGCGAUCAUAGAAUUUUCUACCUCGCCUCUAAACCAGUUCUACGAACCGUUCUCUCGGUUCCAUAUGCAGAUCGAGGACACGGACGUCUCUGUUCAUUCGCAUCCAUGGGGCAGUUCCAAGUUCGGCGUGGUGUCUUUUGACACUUCGGAAGAAGAUCGUCUACGGGUCGACUAUGACCUCGUCGUUGAGGGGCAGAAGACGUGGAAUUACACUUGGACGUAUGAGCGGUAA